AUGCCACCGCCGCAGCGCCGCGGCCCGUGGGUGCCCGAGGAAGACCAUGAGCUGCUGCAGCUGGUGCACUCGCAGGGCCCCAACAACUGGGUGCGCAUCUCGCAGCACAUGAAGUUCCGCUCGCCCAAGCAGUGCCGCGAGCGCUUCCACCAGAACCUCAAGCCGUCGCUCAACCAUGACCCCAUCUCGCCCGAGGAAGGCCUGCUGAUCGAGCGCAUGGUGGCCGACAUGGGCAAGCGGUGGGCGGAGAUCGCCCGCCGCCUGGGCAACCGCAGCGACAACGCCGUCAAGAACUGGUGGAACGGCAGCAUGAACCGCAAGAAGCGCCGUGCCGUGCCCCGCGACCACCCCUAUCACGCCCAUAGCCAUAGCCAUAGCCAUAGCCCCGGCUACCACCACCACCACCACCACCGGGCCGCCUCUGCCUCCGCCAGUCCCGCCUGCGCGCCCGCCUGGCUGCCCGCCGCCCGCCGCCCCAGCUCCUCGCGCUACCCCCGCGACGACGCCUGGCCCGACCGCCCGCGCAGCCCGCGCACCGCCAGCAGCACCAGCACCACCGCCAGCACCAGCACCACCAGCACGACUGCCCGCCACCUACCACCCCUCUUCACCCUCGACUUCUCCUCGCACAUCGACCUGCCGCUGACCUCGCCCUGCUACUCCGAAGUCUCCAACCGCACGCCCUCCAUGGUCUCCGACCACGCCUCCGUCGCCUCCGCCUCGUCACCACGCACCCUGACCUCGCCCGCCCUGCCCGCCGACGCCCUGCAUCAUCAUCAUCAUCAUCACAGCCACAGCCACUACAGCCAGCAGCAACAACAACAACACUACGACGCCCGCCGCCGCGGCAGCGCCCCCGCCGUCGGCAUGACGCCCGUCGGCAAGAGCCUGGCCGCCUACGCCACCAGCCGGCCGGCCCUGCACCACCACCAGAGCGUCGGCUCCAUGGGCUCGCUGUGCCGUCUGCCGUCGUCCGGCCCCGACGCCCGCGACGCCCGCAUGGGCCUGAACAACCUGCUGAAUUGA